UCUAUUUAACCGAAAAACAAGAAACUUGAACAAGAUCGAGCUGUUUCAUGUCUUUUGAAGUGAAAACUUGAAAGAUAAAGGCUUAACACCCAGAUUAACACUUCCAUGCAGUGUGCUAAUAAAUACAAGACCCAAAGCUACUGGGACGAGAGGUACACGAGUGAAGAAAGUUAUGACUGGUUCUGUGAUCUCCAAGCAUUGGACAGUCAGAUCCAUGAUCUGCUAAAACCAACAGACAACAUCCUAGUAUUGGGAUGUGGAAACAGCACACUCAGCAGUUCACUGUACGACAAAGGCUAUCACAAUAUCCACAACAUUGAUUUCUCUCCUAUCGUAAUUGAUGGAAUGAAGAGGAAGCAUGUUUCAUUAGUCGACAUGACCUGGCAUGUGAUGGACAUGCUAGAUUUGAAAUUUGAUAAUGAGACGUUCGAUGUCGUACUGGACAAGGGUAGUAUUGAUGCACUACAAGUGGACCAGGGGGACGUCUGGGACCCUCGACCAGAGGUCAAAGUACAACUGGAAAAAGCUCUAUCAGAGGUAAGCCGAGUGCUGAAAGUGGGCGGUCAGCUUCUCUCCAUCACGUUCUCUCAGCCCCAUUUUAGAGGCAGGCUGCUCUACCAACCGCACACAUUUUGCUGGAACGUACGACACUCCGAGUUUGGGACUGCCUUUCACUACUUUAUGUACUCUGCCACCAAGAGGAGGUCGGCCGAGGAGGUGAUCGUGAGGCAACAGGAAAACUAUGAAUUCAAUAACUUGUAUUCUAGUCCGGCUGCAGUGGCUUGCUUAGACUACGAUGAUAAAGAUGAUAAGUUUUUGUGCAAUAUUGGUGAUGUUUUUGGAGUGGAAUUAUGAUAGACUUUUAUUAUGAA